UUAUGGAGUCUAAUAAUCAGCAAAACAAACCAACCAACAAUACAAGUUUAUUAACCUACAAUACAAGUUUAUCAAGUAGUUCAUUACCGACCAACAACACAAGUUCAUUACCAACCAACAACACAAAUUUAUUGCGAAAGAGAGAACGCUACACAAAUUUAUCAUCAUUAUUUUGUCCGCAAAGAAGAGAACAGGCUAUAAACAAUUUGGUUCAGCUUCAAGCGAAGCGGGAUGCAGAUAGGAAAUUCCCGCCAGGGAUCAGGUUUCGUCCCACUGACCUAGAACUCAUCCAGUUUUACUUGUACUUUAAGAUCAAAGAUAAUCGUGUGCCAUGGUGGAAUCGGAUCACAGAAGUUGAGCUAUACAACCACAAUCCCGAGUUUCUUGCAGAACAAUUCCCGCAAUAUGGAAACAAUGAAUGGUACUUUUUUACUUCAAGGGAACGAAAGUAUCCAAAUGGAAGCCGUCCAAAACGAACUACCAAUAAUGGAUAUUGGAAGGCCACAGGAGUUGACAAGGAGAUACGAGAAAAUGGCAUCUUAAAAGGACUUAAGAAGACACUUGUCUUCUACAAAGGAGAGCCUCAACAUGGUGAUAAGACUAAAUGGAUUAUGCAUGAAUAUAGACUAGUAGAUGCUCCAAUUCCAACUACAAGGAGUGCAAAUGACAUGAAGCUGGAUGAUUGUGUUUUGUGUAAGAUUUAUAGUACAAAUAAUAGAAAAUCAAGUGAACAAGAUGAGGAUCAUCCAGAAGUGGUUUCUGAUAUAAAUUCUACAACACAAUUGCCGCAAGUCCUAAACACAGAAAUUAUUUCACCGGGUUUAAGCCUCCAGGGAAGAGAGGCUAUUAUGAAUGACCUUUGCAAGCUUGAGAAGGAGCAACUAAAGGAGCAAAACCCACCAGGGUUUCGUUUCGACCCCACUGACAGAGAGCUUGUCAAGUAUUAUUUGAAGCCGAGGGUGCUAAAUAAGCCUCUACCUGAGCUCUCGUUCAUGGAGGUUGACCUAUAUACCCAAAAUCCCAACACUCUUGCAGAACAAAACAUAGAUUAUGGUGAAAAAGUAUGGUAUUUUUUCACUCCAAGGAAUCGAAAGUAUCAAAAUGGAAGCCGACCAAAUCGAGCUGCUGGUGAUGGAUAUUGGAAGGCCAAUGGAGCUGACGUCCAAAUAAAAGAGAAGGGGGUUAUAAUUGGAUUGAAGAAGACCCUUAAUUUCAUGAGAGGAAAGCCCCCAAAGGGUGAGAAGACUGGAUGGAUUAUGCAUGAAUAUAAAAUUAAUGUUCUUGCUCCAACUAAAAGGAGUGAAAAUGAUAUGAGGCUGGAUGAUUGUGUUUUGUGUAGGAUUUACAACAAGAAAGAUAGAAUUCGUAAUGAAGAUGAGGAUCAUUCAAAGGAUGCUAGUUCCAUUUCUUUACCUGAAGAUGAUAGAAGAGAGCUGAUGGAGAAUUUUAAUGGUGUUGGACAGGAUUAUGAAAAUUUGUCCAACAAUAAUGUACCAGCACCUCUUGCAAAUAAUAUGGCUAGCUUCCCUUAUCAGUUUCAAGCCAUGGAUGGAAAUUAUGGAACUUAUAAUAUGGCCAGCUUCCCUAAUCAUUUUCAAGCAAUAGAUGGCAAUUAUGGAGCUUAUAAUGUGGCCAGAGUCCCUAAUCAGUUUGUUGGACAACCAAUUUACUUCCAGUCUUCUUAUCCUAGAGAGACAUCAUUUUUUGAAAGUGUAAUGGUUGGCAAUCAUGGAAGUCUUCCUCAGAAGAUUGACCAACCAAUUUACUUUAGUCCACCUGAGGCAUGUGAAUUGGUUGGUAAUAAUGGAACUCCUCAUUGGAUGAAUUCACCAUUUUCUCCAGCUGAACUGAGUGGAUACCGAAACAACAACGCUUCAAAUCCUGCAUUGCAAUUGGAUUUCUACAACAAUCCUCCUCCUCCAUUGUUGCAAACGGAUGAUACUAUCCCAAAUAAGCACCAGAAGCUUUCAGAUGACCAUACAUCCUUGUGAAUGUUUACUGGCAACUUUUUAAAUUUUUUUAAUUUUUUUCAGAUUACUUGAAACUUUGUGGCUUUUGAAUGUUUAGCAUGAUACUAUACUGUUUUAAUGGUUACCAAGUAACAUAGGUAUAAGAUUUGGACAAUUUGGUACCGAAGAAACAAAGUCAGAACAGCUCCACCGGGAUUCCCCCUAAAUCUGAUAGUGCAGCGAGCGUAUGAGGCAUUAUUAGAAUAUCAGACUGUACAACCAAGGCAUACUAUGGCAGCAACUACAGCCAGACAACGUGCAAGAUGGUCUCCACCUCCUCCGGACUGGUUUAAAGCUAACUUUGAUGCGGCAAUUUUCGAAGAUGUUGGCAGAGCAAGUCUCCGGGUGAUAAUCCGUGACAGCCAAGGUCUUGCAAUGGCUGCUUUAGCUUAGAAUGUUCAGUUGGCCAGCUCAGUGGUGGAGAUGGAAGCACUGGCAGCCACACGGGCAGUAGAACUUGCUGCAGAAAUUGGUCUUGAUAGGAUUAUUUUUGAAGGCGACUCCAGCAUAGUCAUCAGAGGCCUAACGGAUCAGGUGCCAAACUUUGCUCCAUUCAGCUUUCUCAUAAAGGAGGCAUAUGACUUGGCUAAUCGGCUUAAUCAUGUAAAAUUUCAGCAUGUUGGUAGAGAAGGAAAUAGUGUAGUUCAUAACCUUGCUAGGCAUGCACGACAUGUCACAGGUUUUUUUGUUUGGACGGAGGAUGUUCCGUCCCUUUGUUUUGAAAUGUAUCAGGCAGAUUUGCCUUCAACUUAAUAAAAAUCAGUCUUGUUAGUAA